AUGGUCUAGCCAACCAGCAGUCAGGAUGAUGGCCUCCAUGGUUGCCAGCGGAAACGAUGAUGCGCCGUCCCUGAAUCUGAAAGGGGUGGAUCCAGAAACAUGCAUGAUUGUGUUUAAGAACCACUGGGCUCAGGUGGCGAAGAUUCUUGAGAAGCAUGACCCCCUGCGGACCGGCGGCGGUGGGCUGCUGGGCGGCGGCCUACUCGGCGGCGGUACCGCGGGGGCGGGGCUGCGUUUCGGGCCCAUCCCUGGGGACGAGGCCAGCGCGGUGCAGAACUACGUGGAGCACAUGCUCUUCCUCCUGAUGGAGGAGGACAGCGGGCAGGAGGGCGCCAUGGGUCCCAUCCUGGAGUUCGUGGUGACGGAGAACGUGAUGGAGCAGCUCUUCCUCUGGAGCCUGAGGCGGGAGUUCACCGACGACAUGAAGGUUGAGCAGCUCAAGGUGUAUGAGAUGCUGGUGGGCCAGUCCCGGCAGCCCCUCCUGCACCACAAGCCCAUCCUGCGACCCCUCAUGAUGCUGCUGGGCUCCUGCGCCGGGGCCGGGGCCCCCGCCGUGGAGGCCGAGCUGGUGCUUCUGCUCAACCAGCUCUGCUCCAUCCUGGCCAAGGACCCCUCGGUCCUGGAGCUCUUCUUCCACACCAGCGAGGACCAGGGCGCCGCCAACUUCCUCAUCUUCUCCCUGCUCAUCCCCUUCAUCCACCGCGAGGGCCGGGUGGGGCAGCAGGCCCGCGACGCCCUGCUCCUCAUCAUGUCCCUGUCGGCCGAGAACCGCACCGUGGCCGAGCACAUCGCCCAGAACACCUACUUCUGCCCGGUGCUGGCGACGGGGCUCAGUGGCCUGUACUCCUCCCUGCCCACCCGGCUGGAGGUGCAGAGCGAGGACUGGCACUGCCUGCAGAGGGAAGAAUGGCAGCAGGUGCCCACCCUCGUCCAGUUCCUCAACUCCCUGGAGUUCUGCAAUGCUGUCAUCCAGGUAGCUCAUCCUACCAUCAGAGACCAGCUGGUCGGGUACAUCUACAAUGGCUUCCUAGUGCCCGUCCUCGCCCCUGCUCUACACAAACUGACGUUGGAGGAGGUGAUGACCACCACGGCGUACCUGGACCUGUUCCUGCGCAACGUGACCGAGCCCGCCCUGCUGCAGACCUUCCUCAGCUUCAUCCUGAUGCACCAGUACGAGAAGGUGCACAUCCUGGACACGCUUGUCAGCCGCAUCAACACGCCCUUCCAGCUGGGCACCGUAUCCCUGGCACUGUUCCAUACUCUGAUUGGUUUACACUGUGAAGACGUCAUGCUGCAGCUAAUCCUAAGGUACCUGAUUCCCUGCAAUCACAUGAUGCUGAGUCAGCGCUGGGUGGUGCGAGAGAGGGACUGCUACUCCGUCUCUGCAGCCAAGCUCCUGUCUCUCACGCCCUCCUGCUGUUCCAUGGAGCCCAGGCCGCCUCCCCUCAGACAGCAGCUGGAUUACAUCGUCUGGUCAAAGGGCACGGACAGGUCACACCCAGGAAACAAGGAAAUGGAUGGGUCUCUGUCAGAAGGGGGUGGAGCCGAGCACUCUCGUGUCAUGGGGUCAGAGGUUGUCAUGGACAUCAGCUAUGUGCACUACCUGUGCGACGCCCGUCGCAGGAUAACCUGCAGCAUCCGGGCGUGCCGGGUGUGGUCAGCCCCCUACGACGGCGAGGACCCUCCCCCGGAGGAGUACCACCCCAGCGUUCCCGGGGAGGACCCCGGGAAGUCCCGGCCGGUUCGCCCGCAGCCCAGGGGCCCGCAGCAGCCUCGCCAGUCCGUGGACCUGGGCCCCGCUGGGGAACGGCCCAAUCAGCUGGAGCUUGAGUGGGACAACAGCUACGACACCGCCCUGUCCCCCGACAAAAGUGACGGAGCUGAGGGAGGCAACGGCCAGCCCCCUGUACCGACCGAGCCCCCCCCACACAUCCAGGAGAUGAGGAGGAACGCCACCUUGCUCAUCAAGGGCUCCUACAUCGAGGAGUCCGACUUCCAGGACGACGCCAUGGUGUACGACCUCGUAGCGCAGAAGGACGCCAAGAGUGCAGCCAACGACCCUCAGGCGAAGGAGGGGAGGACGGAGGUGGAGGCAACGUCACCCGGCCCAGACUCCGCCCCCGCUGUGCAGGAGGGACCUCAGGAGGAGCCCCAGCCACCAAUCAGCAACGGCCUGAGCCCCGCCCCGCAGCCAAUCGCAGCGGAGGGGCUAGGCGGGGCGGAGGGCAGCAGUGACGGGGCAAAGCCGGACCAGGGCGCCCAGGACGACCUGGUGGCCCAAUAUGAGGAGCUGAUCCGGACGCUGGGGGCGGAUUCGGGGAGUCCCGUGAAAGCGGGGGCGGAGUUCCGGAGUCCCAUCACCCCUGUGGACGAGGACGAGGUGGAUUUCUCCUCCUUCACAGCUGACAUUCUGGAGACAGAGAAAGUCCCCUCGCCCCUUGGGCCAAAAGGCCCUGGGGGAACCAGAGUCCAUGAGGUUCCCUUCACAGGGCCAUUCAUUAGUGUGCUGCUGUCGCGGCUGGAGAACAUGCUGCAGAACUCCCUCCACAUAAACCUUCUCCUGACUGACAUCCUGGCCCAGAUGGCUUCCUAUCCCCAGCCUCUGCUACGCUCCUUCCUGCUCAACACCAACAUGGUCUUCCAGCCCAGCGUGCGCUCCCUCUACCAGGUACUGGCGUCGGUGAAGAAUCAGAUCGAGCGGAACGUCUCGGCGAGGAAGGACUUCCCAGAGCUGCUCACGGAGGCACAGCACUGCCUGCUGUCCAGAGAGACGGUCCAGAUGGCCCGCGAUCCGCUUCUGGACUCCCAUGGGGUGGAGAAUGGAGACUGGCCUUCAAACGCAGAGGUUGUCAGAAAUCAACUCAUUCCCGAGAGGCUCCCCAAAAACCCAGCAGCCAAUCCAAAGCUGGCGCCCGAGGACAGGAACAUGGUCCUGGCCACGGUUCUAUUCUCUGAAUUCCUCAAAGAACUGGCGGCCAUUUCACAGGAACACUCCAUCUUAUCUCACACACCAAUGGAGGAGUAGCCUUCUCACCAUCUGCAAUAACGCUGCUCAAUCUUCUCGCACACAACAGAGUAGCCCUUACUGCAAUAUUUUACACAUUUGAGGCACUUACUGAAGUAAACAUUUUUUAUCUCCUCCUGGUACUACCUGAUAAAUGAGAUACCUCGCGUUAAUGGAUCUAUGCCCUUUUUCCUGAGAUUUUGCUUAGGGUUGUUCAGGAAGUAUGUUUUCAUAACUGCUGUGACCAUUCCUUCCUCGCACGGCAGGACUUGAUAUGACAUAACAUGUCGUAUACAAGCACACUUCUUCCCAAAUUUCCCAGUUAGCCAGACUGGCUUGGGCUGCUGCGUCAGGAUUGGUCGAAAACGUCGUUGUUUUUUAUUUUUUGCAAGCGCUCUGACGAGGACUUGAUUAGCCACUCCAGAGAGCAUGACCUAGUUGUGGGCUGUCUCGGGAAAUCCUGUACCAGUUAAUAAUGCACCAGAUCAGGAUAUGAUACUGAGCCAGAGGCUCACUGACCAAAGACUGGAGGAGAAACAGAGCACAGGAUGUCAAGCAAUGUGGUACAUAAUGCCUUCAUCUGACCAUAUAAAGGAGCACAUCUGUGGACCUUUUUGCCCUCAUACACAAAGCCCAGCAGAGCUCAGCUUCUCUAGUGAUGGGCACCAUGUGUUCCGACUGACCCUCAUUUUGAGGCCUUAUACUGUACAAAUGGCUGUGUAUAAAGAAUCCAGCAUGUGACCUACAUGCACCAUGCACACGUCGCCCAGGGGCUGCUGGACUCUGAGUGGAAAAUUCUGGAUAUCGGAUGCAAUAUGGCGUCGGUCAGUUCCAUCUCCCACACAAGGUUAUUCAUGCUGGUUACUGUAUGUCCACAGGAUGUUUUACAAGAUAGCAGCAUGCUAUUGACUAAAAAAGAACAGCCUACAGUCAUUGUACAGUACAGCAGUACAGUGGUUUCCAGCUGAGGCCAUGACAAGAUUCGUUCACGACUGAAAAGCACAAGAACAUUAAACUCUACUGAACUCCGAGGGGCCGCUGGCUUCUGCACAUUGUAGUUCCACAACAAGGAGCAGAGAACGAGCAUCGCAGAGGAGUUCCCACAGUCUUUGAAAAAUAUUUGCAUCUCUCAAAAGUUGAAGAGGAAAAUUGGAAAACUGGAAAAUUGGCCAGGUCAAAAAAAAAAAGAAAGAAAAAGAAACAAGAAAGAGGAAAGAGAAACAAUCCUUUAGUUCAUUCUUAUUUUUUUCUUUCAAAGCUAGUGAUCUGCAUUUAUCUUUCUUGCUCACCAACUUGAAUGUCAUUUACUGUCAAGUCUAAGCGAUGUCAUUGCAUUGAUGUUGCCAACAAACUGGUUUGCACAUUAAGCCCAAUCCCAGAAUUUGUUCCUAACUGGCAGUUUCGGCCGAAAUAAUGUGUUUCACAUAAAAUAUUUGGAAGGCAUAUCUGCCUCUCAGUUACAUCCUUAUACAUUCCAAGUUUCAGAGAAUUUGGCUACGGUGAGAAAAAAAAUCAUCCAGACAUGUAUCCUAAAAUAUUCAUUUGAAUGGUAAUUAUACAUCUUGACUCCAAAGAGAAUAAUACAAGGGGGGUAUACUGUUACUGUUAGGGUUAUUCACAACCUUUACCAGCUACUGUUCAUGAAAGCACAUGUGAUGGACCUAACAACCUUCAGUUAAUCUGCUGGAAGCCAUAAUAGCUUCACACAAAUGUCUCACAAGCUAGUUUUACCAGUGAAAAAGACACAAUCUCCCUGGUGACAGUUGUGUGGAUCAAACAGUUCUCGGGUUGCGAUACUCCGAUUAAGCCUUACUUAAGUGCCCUUCACUAAAUGCACAUUAAAGGUUUAAAAAAACUGGAAAUGCUAUGCAGAUCUUUAUGGUUAUUAUUCAAUAUUUGGGGAGAGAAUAUUCAUUUUUUCAUAAGGGGGAGGGUAUUUAAACUUAAUGUAAUGUUUUGUAGAGAGUAAUUUGAUUGCCAUAUUUUUACACGUUUUUACUUGAACCUGAUAUGUUACUUUACUUCUUUCGUUUGAUUGGAUCAUGGAGUGCAUGUACACUGUAUGCUAGCACUGCUCCGGGACUAAUGGGAGGGUCAAUGUUCAGUGUUGGGUGAAACGCUGAAGGGGUAUUAAUGGGAAGGGGAGAGGGAGGGGUCUGGCGACUCCGGCCCUUUCGUGUCAACACCAGCUGUUUAUGCAAAGCAUGUAAAAACGUGCUCCGGCGAAACAAAACGGUUUGCCUUGCCUUUAAUUAACAUUUAAAAAAUAUCUUUCAUAAAAUUAAAAUAAAAAUGUUCCAAUUUCCUACGAGAUAAUUUUGCUACAUGACAUUUUGCUAUCUGUUCUGUUGAAGUGGCACUGCUACCUAAAAUGCGAUUGAUUAAAAACACUGAACAAA